ACAUGUAAAUACAUAAAAUAGAAAUUAAGUUGUUUUUUUUUAAUAGAAAUUCUUGAUUUUUAAAACUUUCUCGUCAUUAUAAGACAUGGUAGGAAAUCGAUUUUCCCCCCCGUGUCUAAUAUUAAAAAAAAAAAUGUAUGGGCGGGGUACAAAAGGAAGUCUUUCCGAAGGGAUUAAGUCGAUUACAUCAACCUCCCCAGUGUUCCACUGGUACUUAAUUCAUCGAUCCUGAAAGGAUGAAAGGCAAAGUCUACCUGGACGGAAUUUGAACUGAGAUCAUAAAUAACCCCAAAGAACAACGUAAGGGACAUUCACGAUGACAAAGUUUUAAAAUGGCUGUUUUCACGGAUCGAACCAAAAAAAAAAAAAAAAAAAAGUGAAUUCGAUGGAUAAAAUGAAUGGAGAUUUAUUAGACGGGAAAAAAAAAAAAUAAUAAUUACUUUUCACGCUAAAAGUAAAACCAAUGAUAUUUUCACUAUUGGAUAAAAGCAGGAUUCAAGUGAAGUAAGGAAAGCAUGUUGAAUAAAGCUAAGUAGAACAGUGAGACAUGAAAUUUUGAAAAUCGUAUUUUUGACAGAAAACAUACGACACCCAUAUUCAGCCUAGCUAAACCAAUCCUUAUUGUUGGCAAAUGAAUUAGGGAUAAGAAUGUGCAUUGUCCGGUUGUUUGGAAAAGGUGGCUGAAGAUUGCUCGACAUUUUAAAACUGAUAAGUACGACAAGAUGUAUCCCUGGCGUUUAAGCCAGCGACUCCAGCUUUAUGUGAAACAUCUCUUCAUAGAUUGUUCCCUGAAAGAAGUCCUAAAGAAAGUUUUUCCUUUUAUAAGUGCUAUAAUAUUUAUGGCACUGUUACCUUUCAUACAAAUCGGUAUUUACCACAAAAUAUUCUGGGUACCAAACAAAAUUCCUGUCGAUCGUUCUACCUGCACUUGUUCCUGUUUUGACACUAUUUUCCGUGGGAGCUACGAAGGCCAAAAGAAUAUCAGAUACAAGCACAUCUACUUCAAUUCCACACAAGAGACUUAUGCAGUUUGGAUUAUUACCUUAUUCUUUGUGUUAAUAACAUAUGAAAGUAUAAAAUACAUCUACAACACAUUAUUUCCUCAACUGCAUGUCCGCCUGGAGAUGCUCUUUCUGUUUGCCAUAAACAUCUACCCUCAUUAUUAUUCCUGGUGGUGUUUAUUCAGCUACAUCAACGAGGGAUUCUACCUAUACUUCAGCCACCAUACCUUCUUCAUAAUCACGGAACUAAUUGUUUCUGCUUUCGUUCUGAAUAUGUGUGAUUCUCGCAACCCGGUCACCUUCAAGAAGAUAUUCUUUAUCCUCUGCAUUUGCUCAACACAUAUUUUGGUGAAUGGCGCUGACCAGUUUGUUAUUCAAGUCAUUUUUAAACAAGGAAAAGCAUUCCAAAACCUACGAAACGUUGGCUUGAUGAUUCCUGAUUUAGCUCACCUUUUCAUGUGCUGCCACAAACUCAUACAAUUAAAGCGUUCCAAUGUAUCGCCAGCAUCAGUGUUCAGUUAUAAAGAAGGUGUAGGGUUAGCAUUUUUAUUUAUUUUUGUUGGGACACUCUUUGGAAAUUGGAUCUGAGAAAUAUAGAGUAUUUGAAACACACACACACACACACACAUGUAUGUGUAUAUAUAUAUAUAUAUAUAUAUAUUUGAAUAUAUGUAUACAUGUGUAUAUGU